AUGAACACCAAAAACAAUAACACCACUCAAGCUUGUGCUGCAUGCAAUUACCAACGUAGAAAAUGUGCACCUGAUUGCAUCUUAGCACCUUAUUUCCCUCAUGAUCGUCAUAGACAAUUCAUCAAUGCUCACAAAUUGUUUGGUGUUAAUAACAUCAACAAAAUCAUUAUGUAUCUUGAUCCUCCUCACAAGGAUCAAGCCAUGAGAUCGAUUAUUUAUCAAUCUGAUAUGCGAGCCAAUGACCCUGUUGGUGGGUGUUACAAAUAUAUUCAAGAUCUUCAAGCUCAAAUUGAAUAUCAUAAAAAUGAACUUGAUCUUGUUCAUCAACAACUCGUCAUUCUCCGAGCUCAACAAUCUCAACAACAACAGCAACAACAAAUUAAUAAUUAUGGUGAUCAAGUUAUUAUGAAUCAAGAUUCUUUGUUAGGAUUCUAUAAUCCAUCGGGAUCUCUUGCCCCGACUCAUUAUCCUUACAAUAUUCAAAAUCAAGAUGUGCCACAAUUACAAGAACCGAAACAAGAACAAUACAUUAUGAUGCAAGAAAGUAAUAGUAGUAGUAUUAAUAGUACUACUCCUUCGCAACAAUAUGUUAAUAAUUGGGAGUUAUGCAAAAUUCUACUUUAUCAUCUUUAUCAUUGCAUGGACAGAGCAGGGUUGAUUCCGAAGAAAUACUUCAUCACAGGGCCUAGGAGAAGUUCUAAUGGCGAUAAUGAGAUGAGACAUCCCAAAUCAAUAUCAUCAGGUAAUGAAGGCGAGGGAUCACAAUAUCAAAAUACCUUGUCGUCAAAAUGGUGCAUUGAUGGUGAACACAUACCAAAUAAUAUAAUGGAAAAGACAGAGAACUAUAUUAAAAGUCUUGUAGUUACACGAAAAAAAUCAUUCUGA